CAACAAGUUUGAGCAAAACACCACCACAGCCACAUAUGACAUACAUACAUGAUUAGGCCUAUACAUGAUACAUCAUGUCGUGUUUCAACUUUCAAGCUUGCAAGAAAUCAACACCGUUUUCAAAUGGGUUUCACAUCUACCAAGUACCAAGUUCCUUCCUCCAUUUCAAACAACAAAUUUCAUAUACAGUUUCUUAUUUCUGAAAGAGCUUAAACUCCAUGUCAAUAACAAACUCGUUAACCCUAUUUCCUAUUUUAAUAUUUCCUAACAAGAUUAAAGCUUCCACCAAUUUCCAAUCUGGGUAUCUUUUCUUCCACAAUACCUGCUUUUCUUACCAUCCAAAGUUUGUUCUUUCUUGUGAAUUUCUUUCUGGAAAAAACCCAAUUUUUAAAAGAAGAAGAAGAAGGUUAAUGGGUGAAAGAAUCAUUAAAAUCCCUGCUUUAGAGUCAGAAGCUGGUGAAGAAAAUAUCAGUGUUCUUGAGCAGGAAACUUUAGUUGAUGGGUCUACCAAGAUUCAUUCCAAUUUUGUUUCUUCUGAAAUUGAAGCCAUUCUUAAUCGUUCUAGCAAGUGGUUCGUGGCGAUUUUAUUUGGUGCUGUUCUUCUUGGGAGACAUGAUGCUGAGGCAUUGUGGGCUGCCAUGGGUUCUGUUCUGAAUACUGUGCUUUCUGUUGCUUUGAAAAGAGUAUUGAAUCAAGAGCGUCCAGUGGCAAAUGUGAGAUCUGACCCUGGCAUGCCAUCAUCCCAUGCACAGUCCAUCUUCUUUACUUUCUCGUUUGUCGUCUUGUCAAAAAUCAAAAAGGGCGUUUGCGUAGUGAUUUAUGAACAUUAUAAUGCUCAAAUUAUGUAUAUAUCUCAACAACUGGUAGAGUGGUUGGGGUGGAACGAAUUCACUGCAAUCUUUGCAGCUGUUUCACUGGUAUUUGGUUCAUAUCUUUCAUGGCUACGAGUCACACAGAAGCUGCAUACAAUCGAUCAGAUUGUUGUAGGCGCUGUCUUGGGCUCCUGUUUUUCGCUUGCAUGGUUUUGGUCGUGGGAUGCAGUUGUCUCUCGAGCAUUCAAUUCCCAGUUGUGGGUUCAAGCUUCUAUAGUCUUGGGAGCGGCUAUUUGCUCCCUGGGAUUUUCUUUAUAUGUUUUACUUAAUUGGUUUAGAUAUGAACGAUGAUAUAUAUAUAUUUUUGGAAUUCAAAUUUGAUGAAAUGUGAAAAAAAAAAAAGAUAAGAUUCAUUUUCGUUAAAA